UAUUAUGUUGUUGCCACGCAUUUCCCAUAUGGCGCAGGCAUACCCAAAUUGUGGGGUGAAAUUCAACUCCGCCAUUUCAACUUUAUUCCUCCUCUUCCUCUUUCUCAUAAUUCCAAGUCGCAUAACCGCAGAAUGCUACACAUCCAUCUUCGCAUUCGGCGACUCACUUACAGACGUCGGAAACCGGGUUAUUCUCUCCGACGACCCUAGCAAUCUUCACAUGGCCUAUCCUCCUUAUGGAGAAACCUUCUUUCAUUAUCCUACCGGUCGUUGUUCCGAUGGUCGUCUCAUCAUAGAUUUUAUAGCGGAGUACUACGGACUGCCAUAUAUGCCUCCAUCAGCUGCUGUUAUGAUGAACGGCAGCAUAAACGGGUCGGAUAUUGAGGGAGGUGUGAAUUUCGCGGUCGCCGGAGCUGCUACAGUCGACUCGGCGUUCUAUGAAGAAAGAGGGAUAAACAAUCCCAAUACGAAUAACUCCCUCAGAGUUCAGGUGGGAUGGCUCAAAGAACUGUUGCCAGUUUUCUGUGGCACACCAUCUGAAUGUAAGGAGAGGCUCAAAAGCUCAUUAUUUGUGGUUGGACCAUUUGGAAGUAAUGACUACCGUAAUGGGCUUUCACAAGGAAAAGACAUAGAUGAGACAAGAUCAUACGUCCCUAUAGUUAUCGGUGCAAUCAGCGACGCCAUCAAUGAUUUGAUUGAACUUGGCGCAAAGACAAUCAUGGUGCCCAACACAUCUCCAGAUGGUUGUCUAGCCAGUGUCCUCACUGAUUUUGAGAGUAGCAACAAGGUAGAUUAUGAUCGAGAUACUGGUUGCCUUAAUUGGAUGAAUGAAUUGGACGAUUACCACAAUCAACAUCUUCAACAACAACUUGACACCAUUCGAUAUCGUAAUCCUGGUGUUGAUAUUAUAUAUGCGGACUUUUACAAUAUUAGUAUGGAACUUUAUCAUUAUCCUGAAAAACAUGGAUUCGUCCGAUCCCUUGCAUCUUGUUGUGGCGUAGGAGGGAAAUAUAAAUUCAACGAUGAGGUAAGAUGUGGUGACAUAGAAGUAAAGAGUUGUCCUGAGCCAUGGAUUCAUAUUGAAUGGGAUGGAUUUCACAUGACAGAGAGAGCAAAUAAAUUGGUUUCUAUGGCUCUACUAGACGGAACUCGUACGAGUCCUCCCAUUAAUACCUUGUGUGUUUCUUCUCCGAAAUUCACCUAUUACAGUUAAGAUUAUUUUUGUACUUUUUUUUUAUCAACAUAUUGCACCUUCGCAUUAUUAAGGCGGUGUUUAGCAAUUGAUGGAUUGUUGAUAGAUUAUAUCGGAUUGUAUUAACCAAAAGCUAAUAAUAAAUUGUAUUAAUUAUUUUA